AUGGGAGCAUCUUUGGACACUCCAGCGACCUGCCCUUUGUGCAACGAGCUGACCCGGGAGCCCGUAACCCUCAAGUGCCAGCACCGCUUCUGCCAGCGCUGUAUCGGGGACUUGUGGAGUGUUGUUCCGAACGGGCCGUACCACUGUCCCGAGUGGAGGUGUAAAACUGUGUACCACACGCUCCCGUUUGACAAGAACCUCAUCCGGCAGAAAGCCAACCAGAGCCCGCGACCUCCUCCAAGCAGCAGUGCAGGCACAACCAAAAACAAUGAACAGACCACCAUAUCAAGCUCUGCACUGGGGCGUCCCUGCCUCCAGAGCCGCCUACUUGGUAAAAGAAAGGCCAGCGCUCCAGUUACAGAUGUUUCUGACCCAAAAAGAUCAAGUUUGGCCCAAAAAAAGAAAUCCAAUGACACAGAGACUCCAAGCACGUCCUUGUCUGGUGAAUCUGUUCUGGAGACUGCUGACAAGACACGGGACCAAAACCCUCUUCCAUUCACUUCAGCCAUGGAGUCCAGUGCCUCUUCUGAAAAUGAGAAUGGGGCAGCUAAAUGUAAACAAGACGUCCCCUCAGUUGUUGAGCGUAAGGCAGAAGAAGUGAUGUCAUUGGAUCAGUCUGACAAUGAAGUGGAUAUAUGUGAUGCCCCUCUACUGGCAAGCCCCAAAACAAUCCCCCAAGAACAACCAACACCAAAGAAAGCACCUGCCCCCCCCAGCCCGCCUCGAGUGAUGGAGUCUCCAAAACAAGCUGAUCCAAGUCCUGCUCGCUCUCGUCCAACGGUGUUCAGUGCACACAGAGUUUCUCCCUCUGACAGCAGCUCCAAAUACACCAGCCUCACCCCUCAGUCUGAAAGCAAGAAAAACAAGCAAAUAGCCUGUAAUUACUGCCCAAAAUUAGCAUAUGAAUUCGCAGUGAAGACUUGCUUGGUGUGCGGGGCGUCCAUGUGCACAGAGCACCUGCGGCCGCAUCUAGACCAGCCAGUGUUCCAGAAUCACACACUGGUUUCCCCCGUGGAGGACACUUCACCCUGGAGAUGUCAAGAGCACCAGGAGAUGAACCGCAUCUACUGCCGGCAGUGCGGCCUGUGCGUGUGCACCGUCUGCACCGUGAUCGGGUCUCAUCGCGACCAUGUGUGCAUCAGCAUCAGGGAGGCCGAGAGGGAGCUCAGGGGAAAUCUUAAAGAACAAAUCAAGAUAUUGCAAGACGUUGAACAGCAGGUCAUGAAGAGUGUCUGUGAACUCACUCACAAGAAAGAAUGCUUCGAAAUGAUUUUCACUGAGGCGCACGGAGGAGUGAAGCAGCAGUAUGGAGCCAUCAGAGAGGCUUUGGAGCAGGAGGAGCAGAUGGCCCUACAGUGUGUGGCCCAGGAGGAGAAGAGGCUCCUGGGGGGAUUAGAAACCAAACUCGGACACCUCCAGAGCUCUCUUCAGUCCGUCCAACAGGGCCUGCACACUCUGGAGGGAUUGGCUGACGCGAAAGGGGACCAACGAGUCCAGGACCAGGCUUUCAUAAUGGAAUAUGGGAAAGUUGCACAAAUAGCUAGUUCUGUGGGCAGCUGUGCGGAGCAUUUCGAAGCACCAGAAGAGAUAAACCAGGCGAAGCUUCAGUGCUUGCAGAAAUGGACGGAGAAACGUCUGGAUGAAGCGGUCAUCACGGUGCCAGGCAAAGACCGGGACCUCUGCAGGCUGCUCUAUGGCACCUCUCCCGUCAUGAACGAGGACUCCGCACAUCCCAAGUUGCAUUUAUCCGAAGACAAACGCACAGUCCUCGCCCUGACCGGCCUGGACCGUGGCCGCUGGUAUUGGGAGGUCGACGUGUCCACAGACGACGGCCGCUGGAAAGUGGGUGUGACAGAGCAGCGAAUCGAAAGAAAAGGUCAGAAAGACGGCGCGCGUUUGGGCUUCAACUGCUACUCCUGGUGCCUGGCGUGCGAUCGGAAAAAGGUGGAGGCCCUGCAUAACAAAGUGGGCAUCCCGGUCGACGCAGACGAGUUGGAGAGAGUGGGGAUCUUCCUGGAUUUUGAAGAAGGCACGUUGUCGUUCUUUAACGUGACACCAGGGGGCAGUCUUGUGUUGAUGCAUUCCUACAAGCAGCAGUUCAGCGACCCAGUCUAUCCAGCGUUCUCUGUGUCCAAAACAAAUAUCUCUGUCGCUGAUUUGUUCCGGUCAUAA